GUUCCCCAUAGCCUUGAAGGUGGUGCUUUAUGGAGAAAGUUCGAGCAAAGCACAAAGAAGUCUAUCUUCAUAAAGGCAGUCCUCUUGGAGAAACAAUACUUGAGUGCUAUAACUGUGGUUCCCGAAAUGUGUUUCUUCUUGGAUUUAUUUCUGCCAAGACAGAGAGUGUGGUUGUUCUUCUCUGUAGGGAACCUUGUUUGAGUGUCAAUGCAUUGAAGGACAUGAACUGGGACUUGAGUCAGUGGUGUCCUCUUAUUGAUGACCGCUGUUUCUUGCCGUGGCUUGUUAAGAUUCCUUCUGAACAAGAACAGUUUGAGAGCACGCCAAAUUAGUGCUCAACAGAUAAACAAGGUGGAAGAGCUUUGGAAAACAAACCCUGAUGCCACUCUUGAAGAUCUU